AUGCCCUCUGCCCUCUUCCGCGCGCCGUGGCGCCCUUGGCCGACUUGCGGAACUUGCGGCGUGAAGGCCGCCCUGGGUCUCCGGCGACGAGGCCCGCGGCUCCCGGCGACUUCUGGGCCCUCGCUGGGCCCCGGAGCCGCGGCCGCCGCCCUCGCCGCGAACUUCUGGCGCCGCCGGCGGCGGUCCGCCGCGCCGCUGCGCUCGUGCGCCACGAGCGCCGCGACGAGUGCGACGAGCGCCGUGGCCACGGACAAUGGUGUGAUUCACAAGUGGCCCAAGAAGGAGAUCCGAGGCUUGGUGGAGGAGCUAAAGAGCUCUGAGCCCAUUCUCAAGAAGUACUUGGAGUACGCGGGCGAUCCGUGGACCACCGACUACGCGGAGCUGCGCCCGCUCAUGGAGGUGCAUUUCGACGAGAUCUCCCAUGGCUCCGUCCAGGAGUUGGACUCCUGGCGGGAGAGGGGCGAGCUGACCGCAGUCAGCUACCACAUCCAGCAGCUGAAGCGCGGCCGCUUCUUCGCGCUGGUGGCCUGCGACGUGCACGAGUGCGGCUUCGUGGCGGGCGCCGGCCUGGCGGCGGCGCGGGAGGACGCCAAGCAGCUGGCGGCGCAGCAAGCGCUGGCGCGGCUCUUCUUUCCCUCAGAGCCGGUGGAGGAGAUCCAGCGCUGCGCCGACCGAGUGCGGCACCACGAGCAGCACUCGGGCGCCCGGAUCCCGGCCAUCCAGGCGGCGGAGACGCUGACGGCGCUGGAGGGGAAGCUGGAGGAGGUGCACGUGAGCGCCUUCCAGCCCUGCGGCAAGGCCUGGCAGGCCGCCAUCGCCUGCCGCUGCUUCGAGGUCCAGGUGGUGGGCCCUUCCGCGGACUACGACCGCGACACCGCCAUAGCGCUGGCCGGGGAGAUCUUCAUGAGCCGCCUGCGGUGGUACAUGCGGGUGCCUGCCGGAGACCCCCACGAGCCUGACAUGUGGGCGCAGACCUGGGACCAGAGGCGCCAAAGUUUGGGCAAGCCUUGGAGCGGCAAGAGCAGCGUGCUGCAGCACGAGGUGCUGCGCCUGCCGAGUUUGGGCGGCGGUCGCCGCCAGGAGGAGGCCCUGCGGAAGCUGCUUCCCUCCGAGGCGGCGGUGAAGUCCUGGCGAAGGCGCUUGGAGGACCUGCAGCGGGACCGUUGCCGGCGCCUGGACGCCGCGGCGAAGGAGAAGAAGUCGGAGGCGGAGGUGGUGCCUUUGCACUUUGCGAUUUCGGAGGCCGACCCCCGGCGGCCGCAGCUGAGGGGCGCGCUGCCCAUCGAGCAGAUCCGACAAAGCCUCGGCCAGGUGCUCGAGUCUCAGCAGAUCUUGGUGAUCUCUGGAGGCACCGGCAGUGGGAAGACCACCCAGCUGCCCCAGUUCCUGCUGGACGACUGGCCGGCGUCGUCACCGAAACACCCGCGGAUCGUGGUGACGCAGCCCCGGCGCAUCGCGGCCAUCUCCGUGGCGGAGCGGGUGGCCUGGGAGCGGCGCCAGCACCUGGGGCACCAGGUGGGCUACGCGGUGCACGGCAACGCCGUGAAGCCGCUGGAGAGCGAGGGCUCCAUCGAGUUUGUCACGGUGGGCACGCUGCUGCGGCGGGCCGUGGGCGACAUGUGCCUGCAGCAGUGCGACUGCGUCAUCGUGGACGAGGUGCACGAGCGCGACAUGCUCACGGACGACUUCCUGCUGAUCCUGCUGCGGGAGGUGUUGCAGGUGAGGCCAGACCUGCGGUUGGUCCUGAUGAGCGCCACGCUGGACGUGCAGGCCUUCACCGAAUAUUUCGAUCAGUGCCCGGUGCUGGAGGUGCAGUCGGAGAGCCUUUAUCCGGUGGAGGAGGCCUACUUGGAGGACCAGUUCUUCGCCAACUUCACGUUCACCCAGGCGCUGCUCAGCCUUGAGGAGCAGGCCCGAAGCGCGAAGGCGAAGGAGGAGGGCGCUUGGGAUGGCUACGACGUCGGAGAGAUGGAUAAGCUUUUGGACGUCGUGGACAGCGCGCUCUGCGCUGUGGUGGACGAGCUCCAGGACGAUUCGCGGAGCUCCAGGGGCUCGGUGCUUUGCUUUUUGCCCGGCUGGUCGGAAAUCCGGCAGCUGGAGGAGCGGCUGCAGAAGGGCGACAAAGCGAAGCAGAUCUGGACGGUGCCCUUGCACUCCACGCUGCCAAAGGAGCGCCAGCAGCGGGUUUUCCAGAAGCCGCCCAAGGGCAAGGUGAAGGUAAUUCUUGGCACCAACAUCGCGGAGAGCUCUGUGACGAUCGAUGACGUGGAGGUGGUCAUCGACUCGGGCCUGCACCGCGAGCUCACCUACGACCCCAAGCGCCGGAUGUCCUCCUUGGACACCGAAGUCUGGAUCUCCCAAUCCUCCGCGGUGCAGCGCCGGGGCCGCGCGGGCCGGGUGCGCGCGGGCCGGGUCUUGCGGCUCUACAGCCGGGAUCAGCUGCAGGCCUUCCCGGAGCAGCCCAGCCCCGAGAUGCAGCGCUGCGACCUGGCGCAGAGCUGCUUGCAGGCGGUGGCCCUGGGCCGCGACCCCAGGAAGUUCCUGGCAGACGCCAUCGACGCGCCGUCCGUGAACGCCGUGGAGAUGGCUAUGGAUCAGCUGGCGGCGAUCAAGGCCAUCCGCCUGGACGAAGACCCCGAGGUGUGCCCGGUGCUGCUGGUGGUGGGGGAGGUCCUGGCACGGCUGCCCUUGGAGCCCCUGCUGGGCCGCGCGGCGAUGCUGGGCUGCAUCCUGGAGGUGCCCGAGGCCGGCGCCGCGCUGCUGGUGGCGGCGGGGGGUCGGUCCCCCUUCGUGGGCAGCCGCGGGGAGCUGGUGGAAGCACAGAAGGCCUUCUGCAGUUGGUCCGACCCCUUGGCCGCCGCCAAGGCGAUGGCCGAGUGGGAGGCGCUGUCAGCAGAGGCGACGGAGGAGUGGGCGGCGGCCCGGCGAUUGAGCGCCAGCCGACUCAGCGGCUUGGUGCGGGACAAGGCAUACCUCCUCCGCGACUUGCGGCGCGCCGGGCUGCUGCGUGGCUCGGAGGGCGCAGCUGCGGAGAGUGCGGAGGUGCUGGAGACGCGCGGGGAGUUGGAGGAGACGCUCCUGGAGGUGGAGCAGGACGAGGACUCCUCCGGCGACAAGGCUCCAACCAGCGACGCGCUGCUGGCGACGAUGCUCUGCAGCGCCUACCCCGCCAACAUCGCCAAGCUCGACCGGAGAACUCCUUCCACUUGA